AAAUUUCGGCUACAUCGCUAGCCCGUGGGCAGAAAGUAACCAACUAAACUGAAAAUGGCGCUUCAAAUCCACACUCCGUAUCACCAUCUUCCGUACAAAACCUUCCUUCUUCCCUCAACCAAAAAACCCCAAUUCACAGUCAAAUACCAAAAUUCCCAGACCGAAAAUGAACCCACUGAGGAGCCUGUCCCUUCCAGAAAACCUAACUCAUCUGGGCUAGGGUUUGGCUCUUCUUCGUCUUCUUCUUCUUCCUCUACAUCCACGUUUAACAAAUCCAGUGUGAGUAGUAAGAAGAAACAGAGAGAUAAGAGAGAGAGGGCAACAAUAAUUAGGCGGGUCCCUGUGGAGAAACCGACGUUUGUGAGCAAAGAAGAGGAGAUUAAAGCCAAGGAGCAGAAUAAGAACGAGAGUGCUUUCCUUCUUGCUUGGCUGGGGCUUGGUGGCAUCAUCCUUUUGCAGGGAAUUCUUCUUGCAGCUUCAGGCUUUCUUCCAGAAGAAUGGGAUAAAUUCUUCGUCAAGUAUCUAUACCCAUCAUUCACCCCAACAGUUGCCCUAUUUGUUGCUGGAACAGUUGUAUAUGGAGUAUUGAAGUAUCUACAGAAUGAGAACCUUAAAGGACAAAGUUGAUAUACCAUGGGUAUAAGUCAGAUGGUUCCGGCUAGUAAGAUAAAAUAGUUUCGGAAGCUGAGUGAGCUCUCGCAUAUUUCUUAGGAUGUACAUCAUUUACAGCAUCUCUUGCAAAGAGAAAAAUGUAUGAAAUGACAAGAGGCAAAAUAUUUUUUUGAGAGGGAUUAUUCUUUGUUAUGAGUCCUUCUGGCAGCACAUUGUCUAGUGAAAAUAGCUGUAUGGAACUAUGACAGAUCACAAUAUACUCAGUCAGCUUUCAUAUGUCUUCCAUGUGUCAUUCCCUAAUUUAAAAACUCUUCAGGGAAGCAGGGUAAGGUUUAGUUAUCUA